AUGAUGAAGCCAAGAAUGUGCCAUUUAAACUACUAACCAGUCACAACUUUGAAAUCUAGAACAUUUGAUUUUGAUUUAUUUGAGUUAGAGAAGAUCAAUUUUUCAGUUAAAAUGGAGCACAUGGCUGAACAACUAAACAAAUAAUCAGAAAUCACUACACCAACUUUUAAAACUAAUAUUAACUAAAAUUAAGGUGCUGUGAAAGAAAUUGGCAAUUAUAUUCAACAUAUUAAAUCCAUUUCCCCAAAAAAACUUAUUAAAUCAAAAAGAAAUUCGCAUGUCCUAAGGAAAGCACCAUUAAGGAAGCCAGAAAUUUGA